AUGGCUUUAUUGUUCAAAAUUGGAGCAAGUGCUCUGUUGGCUUUACCGGUUGCAUUGGCUGUUGGUACCUCCAAAGUAUGCUCUAAUCCUUUGACCAGCUGUGGUGCUACAACUUCAACAGAUACCUGCUGUUAUAACUCACCUGGAGGCCAAUUUGCUGCAACGCAAUUUUGGGAUACAUCUCCUAGUACAGGACCUUCCAACUCAUGGACAGUCCACGGACUAUGGCCAGAUCACUGUGAUGGAACGUACGACGCUUCCUGUGACUCCUCGCGGGCUUAUACUGGCAUUGGCUCCAUUCUCACAUCGCUCGGGAAAUCUUCUCUCUUAUCCUACAUGAACACAUACUGGAAAGAUGUUUCUGGAGACGAUGAAAGCUUUUGGGAGCAUGAGUGGAGCAAGCAUGGAACCUGCGUUUCCACUUUAGCUCCUGCUUGCUACAGUGGCUAUACCUCCAAACAAGAGGUAGGAGACUAUUUCCAGAAGGCUGUUGAUAUUUUCAAGACAAGGGAUACUUAUGGGGCAUUGACUGCGGCUGGUAUCACACCAUCUUCAACCAAGACUUAUACCUCUGCUGCAAUCCAAGCUGCCCUCAAGGCUGCUUUCGGUGUCACUGCGAUCAUUCAAUGUGAUUCCAGCGCAUUGAAUGAGGUUUGGUAUUCAUUCUAUGUUAAGGGUUCAGUUGCUACUGGGACUUUUGUUGCGACCAAUCCUGUAGGACAAACUGGCAGUUGUCCUUCAACAGGAGUUAAAUGGCUGCCCAAGACGGGCACACCAACAACAACACCAACCACCUCAACUGGAUCGACUCCAGCACCAACUGGCGGAGGCUCAAUUUCCGGUAGUGGUUACUUGAAUGCAAUUACUAGCGGUAGUCAAGUUGGGUGUCUCAUUAGUGCUGGAACUUGGUAUACUACUGGUACCUGUGCAACAUUUACAGCCACUACGUCAGGUUCUGGUGUUACACUGUCGACCUCUAAAGGCGCGUGUGGAAUUGUCAGCGGAGUGUUUACCUGUGCCUCAGGCGUCGCAAGCACUGUUUUCACUAGCAGCUCUGGGUAUCUAGCAUACGGCGGUAGUACAAACUUCUAUGCUACCGCAGUACCGAGUGGGUCAACUCAAGCUACUGUUUACACCGCCUCGAAGGCCGUGAGCGUCAAGUUUGCCUGGUUGAACAAAUAG